ACUUUCACUGGAACAUCUAACAUAACGAACGUAUCGGAUCAGCGUGAGAAUGGUAAAAUGCUUGGCGAUCAUGUCAAAGGUAAAGCCAAACAGACCACAAUCACUACAAAUGAAGCAGUGAAAUUACCUGCUGUCGUGACCUCGAACCUGCGACUUCUAAACAAACGAAUUGUUGACUUUGAACAGGUAAACAAUGGUUUGGAACCGUGGGCGAAAGACUUAAAACCGCAGAUGUUGCGGCUACGUGAGUCAUGUCCUCCGCAGACGGUUGAGGACACCACCACCAUCGCCGUUACAACAUCGUCGCCCUCCGAACCGAGUGUAAUUGAACGGGUCAAAUGGCUGAUGACAUGGCUGGAUAUGCGCAACCUGCAGCUGAAUGAAUUGGUAAAACAGCUGCAAAAGAACAAUGCCAUUCUGCAGUUACGCAUGACCCGGUCUGAAAGAACGUUAAACAAAGUGAAGACAGCCUGGUUGAGUGAUGAUGGGUCUGCUUUGGAGCAUCAUAAGGCAUUGAAGGUCCGGAUCCGAAAGCUGGAAAGACAGCUGCGGUCGAAAAUCCGUGAGAACAUGGAAUUCUGCCUGAAAAUCGAAGAGCUGUCGAAGUUGAAGGAUCGUUGCAAUCAACAGUUGUUGCAAUAUGAAAAACAGUUAUCAGAGAAAGACAAUAUGCUCAACGAAAGCGCUCAGUUACUUUAUGACUUGGACGCGACACAGACUCAUGGUAUUUCUGCUGUGAGCUGUUUUCCAACAAGGAAAUGA